AAGAGAUGAAGUGGCACAACAGAGAAUUGUUGAAACUGUCUUUUUAUUUCAUUUCAGCUACAGUCUGAUAAUAAAAGAGGAAACGUGGCCUCCAGGAGAAAACGCCACCAGCAGACACAGAGAUUCAUAGUCCCGGAUCAGAUGAAAGUGGAAACAGUUUGAGCCGAAGUCGAGAGGAGGGAAGUCAGAAGUGUCUGUUCAUGAUCUAAAGAAGAGUUCAAACUCAUGGAGGUCUUGGAGUUCUGACAGGAAGAUGAAGACAGUGGUGGUGUUUGUGAUCCUGGUUCAUGUUUCCCAGCAUGCUCCGGCAGGUGUGGUGCAGGUGAAUGAGGGGGCGGAGUCUGUCCUGAUACCCUGUCAGUACUUAGGUUUUCUACCUGAGAACCCCACAGUGAUUUGGACCAGGAACGAUCUCAGUCCCAAAUUAAUCCACAAACAACAAAAAACAGGUGAAGUUGAAGGUCAGAACCAGGUUUACAGGGGGAGGACAUCGAUGACGUCUGAUGCUCUGGUCACUGGAGACUUCAGCCUCACUCUGAGAAAACCCCACCUGUCUGACAGCGGCUACUACACCUGCUCCAUCACUGAUGGAAGACAAGAACUGAGAGUGACAGACGUACAUCUACAGGUCAAAGACCAGCAGGUGGAGGUGGAGGUGCAGGAAGGGGCGGAGUCUGUCAUCCUACCAUGUAAAACAAACACUGACCUGCCUGAGGACACCACAGUGGAGUGGACUCGCUCUGAACCAGACCUCAUCAUGGUCCAUGUGUAUCGAGAUGGAACAAACCAACUCAAUAAACAGGACAAGUUUUACAAAGACAGAACACAGAUGAAUGAAGACCUGCUGGAAACUGGAGACCUCAGUCUGACCCUGAAAUACCCCACAGAGAGAGACUCUGGAUCAUACAUCUGCACCGUCUACAGAGGCCAAGACAUCCUGACAGAGAAAGUAGUGCUGCACCACCUAAAAGAUCCGUUUCCAACCUGGGCUAAAGUUCUUGUGGUUCUCCUUGUUCUUCUGGUGGUUCUUGUUAUUGUUGGGGGUCUUUUGUUUCAUUUUCGACACUACUUCAUGUCAGAAUACCAGGUGGAGGUGGAUCCAGGGGUGGAGUCUGUCCAGCUGCCCUGCAAAACCAUAACUCGCCUUCCUAAAGACGCUAGAGUGGUGUGGACGGAUGUUGAGGAUUAUGUGGUCCAUGUGUACGAGAACGGCUCUGACCAUCCUGAAGAACAGGACCAGAUUUAUAGAAACAGAACAAAGAUGAAGAGAAACCUGAAAAUUGGAGACCUCAGUCUGACCCUGAAAUACCCCACAGAUGUAGACACCAACACCUACACCUGUAGAGUCUACGACAAGAAGGGAGAGAUACUGAUGGAGAAACAAGUGAAGCUCAGUGUCACAGUCCUCCAGGUGGAGAUGUAUUCAGGGGUGGAGUCUGUCCAGCUGCCCUUCAAAACCAUAACUCGCCUUCCUAAAGACGCUAGAGUGGUGUGGACGGAUGUUGAGGAUUAUGUAGUCCAUGUGUAUGAGAACGGCUCUGACCGUCCUGAAGAACAGAACCAGAUUUAUAGAAACAAAACGAAGAUGAAUGAAGACCUGCUGAGAACUGGAGACCUCAGUCUGACCCUGAAAUACCCCACAGAUGAAGACACCAACACCUACACCUGUAGAGUCUACGACAAGAAGGGAAAGAGACUGAUGGAGAAACAAGUGAAGCUCAGUGUCACAGUCCUCCAGGUGGAGAUGUAUUCAGGGGUGGAGUCUGUCCGGCUGCCCUGCAAAACCAUAACUCGCCUUCCUAAAGACGCUAGAGUGGUGUGGACGGAUGUUGAGGAUUAUGUAGUCCAUGUGUACGAGAACGGCUCUGAUCGUCCUGAAGAACAGGACCAGAUUUAUAGAAACAAAACGAAGAUGAAUGAAGACCUGCUGAGAACUGGAGACCUCAGUCUGACCCUGAAAUACCCCAUAGAUGUAGACACCAACAUCUACACCUGUAGAGUCUACGACAAGAAGGGAGAGAUACUGAUGGAGAAACAAGUGAAGCUCAGUGUCACAGACUUCCAGCUGGUGAAGGUGGAUUCAGGGGUGGAGUCUGUCCAGCUGCCCUUCAGAACCGCAGAGCUGCCUGGAGACGCUACAGUGGAGUGGAUCGACAGAGACAACAGCAUGGUCCAUGUGUAUGAGAACGGCUCUGACCAUCAUGAAAAGCAGAACCAGAUUUAUAGAAACAGAACGAAGAUGAAUGAAGACCUGCUGGAAACUGGAGACCUCAGUCUGACCCUGAAAUACCCCACAGAGAUAGACACUAAGACCUACACCUGUAGAGUCUAUGACAAGGAGGGAAACAUCCUGAGACGGAAGGAAGUAGUGCUCAGAGUGAAAGGCAGAGUUCAGGUCCAGCAUGAAACGUCUCCUCUGAUGGCUGAAGAGUCAGUUUGAUCAGGUUGUUGAUCUUUGAUCAUUGAUCAGGAUCAGUGUGGAUCAACAUGUUGUCCUCGUUGCUCUUAGACUAUAGAUCAGGAAAGCUGAGCUCCAAAUAUUUGUCCCUAUCAGCUGAACUCUUUCUUCUUCUUUCAUAUAACUCUCUGUAGAUGUCCACUGUGUCCAGAUGAUUUCAUUGCUCCCUCACAUCUUCCACUCCGUCUGGAUCUCUCCCUGCGUCCAUCUGAAUAGUUGUUUCACCUUCAUUUCCUCAAUAGAAUGACUGCUACUCCUUAAUUCUCAUUCUUCCUCUGGUUAUUAUUAUUUUUUUUAUCGUUUUUGCUCUGAUAAGUACAAGUGUGAGGAGUUGGUGUGUUUCUAUGGUGCAUCGUCUAGGUGGUGCUGUUGUUUCAUGCACACAGAUAAAGUGGUUAUCAGUUAAACAGUUAAAAACAAGGAAAGUAAAAGUAAAAUUUGUUGAAUACAGAAUAAAAUGUUUUAACUUGUUUAAAAUAAUAUUGUGUGAUUUCCCCAACCUCCAUGUGAUGUUAUUUGCGACUCAAGUUUUCUUUUUUUCCUUCCAGAGGUCCACCCACUCCACCCAGAAGGAAGUUAAGUCUUUGUAGAUGUUUCAUUGAUGUUGUUGUAUUUUCCAUUUUCUUACUUUUCCUUCAGUUUUUCUAAUUACUAUUUUCUGACUGUGACUCUGUGACUUUUGGAUUUACUACAUUUACAGUUAUACCGUCCAGGCUAUGAGAGUUAUGCCUCACCUGAUUCAGAGAACUGACCACACAGUUAUGAGGUUGAGAGUCUUGUGACAUUUCCCUCUGCUCUGGUUUGAAACUCAAAAGGUCACCGGGCUCCUAGAGUCAGAGACAUUGCUGUUUAUCUCAGAUAAAGUCCAGUCAAACCUCAUGUCAUUGAUCUCUGUGUGAAUUAUAAAUCCCCUUUUAUUUAAACUUGGACUCUUAUGUAUUCAGAUGAAAGCAAAACAACAAUAACAAAAUCAGACCAUCUUCGGGUCCAUUGUACUUUGUGUAUUUGCCAGUAUUUUUAUCCUUUUAUUCUAUUUUGCCUUCGUAACCUACAUUUUUGCUCUUGCUAUUUUUGCCGCUCUCUCUGCUGGACAUAUAAAGGUUUUCUUAAUCUUAAUGAAAAGAAAGAGGUAAAAUAAAUUAGUGUUUCAAAACACACUGUGUCAAUGCUGUGAGGAAAGAACAGUGUCAUUUGAUCCUGAUUCAUCCUUUCACUGUGUCUGAAUCAUUAUAUCCAGGGGUGGAUACUGGGCAUCAUUCCGGUGGGUCCGCUAUGUUUUUUUAUUAUUAUUAUUUUGACAUGGCCUAUCAGAUGGUCAAUGUGCUGUAGUGAAAGCUUCUUUUUUAAUUCCCCCCAAUUGGUCCGGUCAGGUAGCCACUCAUUAUUGGCUACAGAGGGCUAGCAGUGUGUUGCAAGCGGCCAUCGACAUAUAUCAUUGGUCUAUUGUUUGUCAGUGUUGUCAGUCAGUCAUCAACAUUUUCACAUAUUUUUAUUUUUUUUUCCAAAAUGCAUUAUUUGUAUGUAUAUCCCACAGCAUUAGGGCCAUACUUAAGUAUCAGGAAAAACACAUUUCCCCAUCCCAGGCAUUAGUUUUCAAUUUCAAGCUACUCCAGGUCUGUUCUCCUCAACUUUUAUUGGUCUCUGUGAGCUAGAGGAUAACAUCUAUGUGCUUGAAUACUGAGGAGCUGGCAUUGAGUUUUCAUUCUUUGUGUCUACAAACACUGGACAUGUUCGCUCCCUUAAAGAGCCGACGCACCAAACCUGUGCCCGAACCCUGGCUGAAUGACGUCACUCGUGCUACCAGACAAGAGUGCAGGAGAGCGGAGCUUAAGUGGUAUUGUUAAAGAGAGCCUGUUUUGCUAUUAGAAGAUUGUAAAAGCUGAGAAAAGUAAAUAUCUUUCCGAAAUAAUUGCUUCUAAUUGUAACAACCCCAGUGCUCUGUUCAAAACCAUAAUUACUGUCCUCGAUGCUCCCAAGUUUAUUGGUUUUGAUACCUCCACUCAAAUCUGUGAAAGAUUUCUCAACUUCUUCACUGAUAAGAUUGUGUCUACAAGAGCCUGUAUCUCUCAGCCCUCCUAUGACCCUUCGAGUCCUCUGCCUUGCACAUCUGUAUUUGCUCAGUUUGGGCCGGUGUCCCUCUCCAGUCAAUAGUAGCCUCUCUUCUGUUAUAGUACCUGGGGAUUUUAAACGUGCAGUGGUAAGACCCCUACUUAAAACAACCGGCCUUGACCCCUCUUUCUGUUCCAACUUCUGGCCUAUCUCUAAUCUUUCAUACAUUUCCAAAAUUUAAGAGAAUGUUGUCUACAAUCAGCUGUUACCAUUCUUAGAAGAUAAUGGCAUCACUGAGCUUUUCCAGUCAGGGUUCAAAGCCCUCCAUAGCACAGAGUCAGCACAGCAAAGUUUCAAAUGAUAUGCUUCUGUCAACAGACUCAGGAAAGUUUGUUGUCCUGUGCUUUUAGAUUUGUCUGCUGCAUUUGACACUGUUGAUCACAGCAUUUUGAUCUCUCGUCUCGAGCACUGUGUGGGCAUCAAGGGUGUUGCCCUUGACUGAUUCCGGUCAUACUUAACUGACAGAAGCUUCUGUGUAAAACUUGACAACUUGACCCUCUUUUAUUUGCUCUUUACUUACUCCCCCUCAGUUCUGUUUUUAGGAAACAAAUUAUUUCAUUUCAUUUUUAUGCCGAUGACUGCCAGAUCUACCUUCCAUUGGCACAAAACAAUGCCCGCUCAGUCCAAUCACUCAUAGACUGUCUUGACGACAUUAAAGCUUGGCUCUCAUUAAAUUUUCUUAGUCUUAAUGAGAACAAAACUGAAUUAAUGAUAUUCGGACCAAGUUGUUAUUCUCCCCCAAUGUUGACCUUGGCUCUCUGUCAUUGUAUAUCAAGGACUGUGUCACUAAUCUGGGGGUCAAGUUUGAUUCUGAUUUUAAAUUUGAGAAACAGAUCAGUGGUGUAGUACAAAAAAGCUUUUAUAAAUUGCAUCAAAUAGCAAAGGUGAAACCCAUUUUAUCAAGACCUGACUUGGAGAAAUUAAUCCGUGCUUUUAUUACGACUCAUCUUGAUUACUGCAAUUCUUUGUACAUAGGGAUCAGCCAGGCUUCCCUCGCCCGUCUGCAGCUUGUGCAGAACUCUGCUGCAUGCCUGCUAACCCAGACCCGCAGACACGAGCACAUCACUCCUAUCUUGGCGUCCCUACACUGCCCCCUGUGUACCACAGAAUCAAUUUUAAACUUUUGUUAUUUGUUUUUAAAUGCUUGAACAACCUUGCUCCACCACAUUUUUCUGAUUUGCUUCAGCCGUACUGCCCAUACCGAUCCCUAAGAUCAGCCGACCAGCUGUUGCUGACAGUCCCUAAAACAAGACUGAAGCUCAGAGGUGACGGAGCAUUUGCCGUUACUGCACCCAAGCUUUGGAAUGACCUCCCUUUAAAUGUCAGACAGGCCUCCUCGCUUCCUGUUUUUAAAUCUAAUCUCUCUUCUAAAAACGCACUUUUACUCCCUCGCCUUUAACUUACUUUAAUGUUUGUCUGUCAUUGGCUAAAAAGCCCUUGCAGUGAGCUUGUUUGUUCCUUUAUUCUGUUUUCUUUGCUUGUUUUGUUUGUCUAUUUUUGAAGUGACUUUGUGUUUGUGUUUUUUAUGCCUUUUAUCUUAAUCUUAAACCUAUUUUAUGUCCUAAUGUAAAGC